GGUCCGCACUGCGCUCUUGGGAACAAUAGGAGCAAAAGCCGUAGGGAACAGUGAGUGAGGCGGCCGUUUGGGUGAGAGCCGGUGGUCCAAAGGGCCCGGUGCCUGGGCCAUGUUCUGCGAGAAGGCCAUGGAGCUGGUCCGGGAGCUGCACCGCGCGGCCGAGGGAAGGCUGCCUGCUUUCAACGAAGAUGGACUGAGGCAAGUUCUGGAGGAGAUGAAAGCUUUAUAUGAGCAAAACCAAUCUGAUGUGAAUGAAGCAAAGUCAAGUGGACGAGGUGACCUGAUACCAACCAUCAAGUUUCGACACUGUUCUUUGCUGAGAAAUCGGCGCUGCGCUGUAGCCUACCUGUAUGACCGGCUGCUUCGGAUUAGAGCACUCAGGUGGGAAUAUGGCAGUGUCUUGCCAAGUGCUUUACGAUUUCACAUGUCUGCUGAAGAAAUGGACUGGUUCAAUCGUUAUAAAAAGUCCCUUGCUACCUACAUGAGGUCAUUGGGAGGAGACAAAGGUUUGGACAUCACACAGGAUAUGAAACCUCCAAAAAGCCUAUAUAUAGAAGUGCGGUGUCUAAAAGGCUACGGAGAAUUUGAAGUUGAGGAUGGUACUUCAGUGCUAUUAAAAAAAAAUAGCCAGCACUUUUUACCUCGGUGGAAGUGCGAGCAGCUGAUUAGACAAGGCAUUCUGGAGCACGUGCUGUCAUGACCCCUGGGCGGAUGGCUGCUAAGACUCCCUCCUGGUGUGAGACUGCACCCAACCAAGGUCACUUCUCCACCUCCCCAAGGCCCACUGCCUUUUGGUUCUAAAAUUGAGACAUUCUUUAACCAGGAAUGCUUGGCGGAGGAGUAUGGUUUGUUUUUUUCUUUUCAUUUGGAUGUUAGUUUCUCUUUUAUUUCAUUUCUGAAUAUAAUUCCAUUACCUUGCAUGGUAAACAUAUUUGUGAAUCUAUGUUGUGUUUGUACUUUGAAGUAUUGGUUCUCAAAAGAGAAUUUGCACUCUGGCCGUACAGAGACUCCACAGACAUCCACCUGCUGUCACAGCUCUAGAGCGAAGUCUACGAUCAGGGUUCUAACAGAUGCUCUGCCUAAAGAGAAUGCUUCCCAGCUCGUAUACUGCCAUCUUCUCAUUCUGUCUUCACAACAUGCGAGAGGUUUGAUUUUCUAUUGUCCAGGAUUCUACCCUCUGUGUAGUAAGUUGUAUCUGUAAUCAUAACGUUUCUACAAUUCCCAAAAUACUAUCGUGUGUUUUAGCUUCAUUUAGCUACAUUCAUUACAUGUUCAUCUCUUAAACAUUGAGGGAGAGUUUCGCCUGGAUGUAUAGGGAGGUCUUAUGUCCCUGGGCCUCUUGUAUUGUUGCUGGAAGUGUGCCUGUGCAAGCCAGGGAGCUGGAUUUCUGAAGUUUGUGUUUCCAAAUCACAUGGGCAGGUGGAGCCGGUGGUCUUUAGAGAACACAAUGGAUUUUGCCCAUUUCCAGCAGUGGUGGCUGGUCUUGCUCGUGCCUGUCUGCGAGCUUGUGUGGCAGGAUAUCCAUUUUGGAAAGGGAAGUUGAGAUUGGGGCUAGGAAAGGAAUUUUGUGCAGUUUCCCCCCAAGAGUCACGUUGACCAAGAAGUCACAUGAAGAGCUGAUCAGCUAAGUGGAGGGUAAUUUCUACUGCCCAAUAAAAUGAUAGGCGGAGAGGCACCAGGUGGUCCUACCUGCUGGUCAAUGGCCUUUCUCCACCAGUCCCCUCCAUGACCAGCCCAGUAAUCUCAGAGACAUUCAAGUUUAAAAUACAGAUAAACCCCGUACCUGGCACUCUCUGCAGUAUAUUUCUUAAACAGGAAUAUUUCUGGCCAAAAUUCUACUCAAGUAGUCAAGCUAUGAGAGCCUCCACCUAGGUUGUGGAUCUGCAUAUUUUCACAACACAUGUAUUAAUACUUAGUCACCAAGUGGCCCUUGGCAGAUUCUUUUCCAGGCUCUGCGGUUCAUAGGCUCUGUUUCCCGACCAGAGAUUGAACCUGUGCCCUGGGCAUUGAAAGCACAGAGCCCUAAAAUAAUUCCUUCCAUAGAUUCAUAGCCAGAUCGGAUUUUCAUCUGAAUCUCUGCCAAUAAACAAUGAGGAAAAUUUCCCUAAUGAGUGGGGUGGAUGAUGUGUUAACUGUAGCUCAGUGGUCACUGCCCUUGCAUCCUGUUCUUCCAAGCAUGUGGGACCACGUGCAGGUGAGCCCUGAGGCCAUGUGAGUCAGCUGUGAGGAGGAGCCUGCGGCAGAGGCCGCGGCCCUGUUGCCGGCCCAGCAUCAUUUCUGUAUAUAAACCAUAGAUGUACUUUUCUGAUUCAUUACCAAAAUAAAAUAAUUAUGUUUCUUACUUGAAGUAAAUAUAUACUGGCUGAAAAAUUAAAGUGUUGUAGGUUUUAUUGAUUUAUGUUGACUGGUCCUAUAGAGUUGUGGCUAGAAUUUUAAAAUGCAUGUUUUUUUAUUUAAGAGUAAUAAGUGCACAAUUAAAAAGAUAAAAGAAAACAUACAAUGUAGAAAAUGAAAGUAAGUUCCUAUUUUACCUACUGAAUGCCACCGUCCAGUGUGCCCAUUGUUAACUGAUUACGGAUAUAAAGUACAUUCCCAUUUCAGGUGUUUUUCCAAUGAAAUACUUUCCAGUUUUUAUUCCUCAUGUGAAUGGAAUCUUCUUUUCUAUUUUCUAACAGGUUUUGGAUGAUAAAUAUUAAAAAUAUUUAAUAUUUAUUAAUACUAUUAAUAAUUAGCAUUAAUUAUAUUUAAUUGUAUUAUACAUUAAUUAGUAUCAAUUAUUAAUAUUAAAUAUUAAAAAGCAGUAAAUUAUGACUUGGCCACUUUCUUAUAUAAAGUCAUUUCUUAUUCACAUUGAUUUUGUCAUCUGGAACUUUCAGAAAAAUGUUGACUACUGCUGGUAAUAGCUGACAGCUUAUCCUUUUCCUAAUUUGACCUGAAUGACACAGUCUUCUUCAUCACUCCACCCCCUACUUCUCCAGGAAAAACUCACAAGACUUGUGGCCUUCUUCAGUGCAACCUGAAACUUCAAAAUACAUUUAAAACCGUAGUUAAAAAAAAAAAGUAAAACGGUGGUAAUUAACAAACAUGAUUUUUUCCAAGUGCACUUUUGGAACUUGAGUGAUGAUCAUAUAUGGUUUCUCACUUAACUCCCUAAAGUUAUGGAUUACAUAUAUGUAACUGUUGCACUAUCUUACAGUCCAUUUGUAAUUCUUCUUGGCCAUGGUGUGUUAACCAUUCAUUGAACUGCAAGAUUUGAUUUGCUGUUAUUUUAUUGUGAAAUUUUGCAACUUUGAGUGGUGCUGUUUUAUAGUGCUUAGCAAGAGGGGAUGGAUGUGUAUGUAUUCACACAUGUGUCUGCUUUGUCGGUGUUUUCAGCCAUUGUUCCUAUGAAACAGCUAUCCAAACACAAUGGCUUUAAACCACACCACUCUUGACCUUUGCAGUUCUGCAGGUUUGCUGGGCUCAGCUGGGAGGUUCUGCAGCUCUUGCUUGGGGUCCCUGAUGCAGUUGCAUUCCUCUGGUAACCUGACUCGUAUGGCUUGGCCUCUGUUCUCCGUGUGGGCCUCUUGCGAGGUUCUAUCCAGUGAGCUGAUUGGGCUUCUUACCUGGCAGCUUGGGACCCUGCAAGGUUAAGAAGGUGGAUGUGUAUGCUGCUAGUUUUCUGAACGACUAGGCCGGUAGUGAACUAGCACCAUUUUCUGCCAAAUUCAGUCAACUAAUACAGCCCCAGGUGCUCAGAGUCAAUGAAGAGGCCACAUGAAGCAUGUAAAGGCAGGACAGCAAGAGGCCCCACAGUCAGAUGGGGUGUCAGGGUUCUGGUGUCAGUUUUCAGUGGUGCACGUUCCUUUAUUUUUCACAGAAAUGUACCUUUUAAAAUAGCACUAAUACCUAUAUAACUAUCUCAGUAUGAAUCUUCUUUGGAGAGAUACUUGAUGAAUUUUUGUCUUUUCUUUGUUUGAGGUCAAACUUUUCUACUUUUUCUUAAGUUAAUUUCAGUCAGUCUUUUUUUCUAAGCUUUUUUAAUCUAUAUUUUGAAAUGUAUCACGGAAUUUUUUUUUCUUUUCACUACAUAUGAUUAUCCCCAAUAUGUGUCUGUCUUUCCUUUUUGGUCUUAGUCCUAUAACCAGAAGAAGUGUCUGUAAUGAUACUGCAUUAAUGCUUUAGGAUGUAGUGGAGGGAGAUGCUAAUUUCACAUGGUCUAUUGCUUUUCACAAUUAAUGGUAUUUUAGGAUGAGUUGAAUUCAUUCUGUUUUGUAACUUUACAAAAACAAUGUUUUCAUAUAGUACAAAAUGCAGUAACAAAGAAGGUAGCCAUCUACAAAGUCAAAGACAGAGGCCUCAGGAAAAACAAACCUGCUAAUAAGUUUGAUCUUGGAUUUCUAGCCUCCAGAAUUGUAAGAAAAUAAAUUUAUUUUGAUUCAGUCACCCUUGUAAUAUUCUGUUUUGGCAGCCCCUGCAAACUAAUAUAGGGUGUUUAGUAUCUUUUUUUUUUUUAAUGUAUUUCCCUAAUAGAGAGACACUUGAACAGUUUCCAUCCUUUUGCUGUUAUAGACAGAGCUAUAUGGGUAACCUUGUACAUACAUCAUUUUACACAUACAUAGCUUGGUGUGUAGGAUAAUUGUAAAUUUGAUGGGAUUUGUAAUUUUUAUAGGAAUUAUAAUUUGUACUACACCAGAAAUUAUGAGAGUCACUCCCCCUCACCUUCUUUGCCAACAGUAUGUUAUUUCCAGUUGGGGCUGUUACAGAAAAGAUGCCAGGAACGUUGAUGUACAAGUCUGUUACGGAUGCGUAUGUCUUUUCCUUUGGGCAGAUAACUAGGAGUAAAAUGGCUAGGUCUUCAUGUAGGUGUGAUUUUAACUUUUGAAGAAACUUCCAAACUCCUCCAAGGUGGUUGUGGAUUUGCAUUCACACCAGCAGUGUAUGAGUUUGAGUUCUUCUACAUCCCCUCCAAUACUUGGUAUGAUUAGCCUUUUAAAUUUUACCCAUUCUAAUCAGAGUGUAGUACUGUCUCACUGAGAUUUUAAUUUGUAUUAAAAUCAAAGUAAAGAGAUGGAAAUACCAGACCACCUGACCUGCCUCCUGAGAAAUCUGUAUGCAGGUCAAGAAGCAACAGGUA